CUCUCUCUCUCUCUCUCUAAAUCUACAAUGGCUUCCAAGUCUUCGAAUUUUCUUGAGCGCUAUGGUUACGAUUUGCUACUUGGAUCCAUAGCUGCGUUUUAUGUUUUCAUGGCGCCCUACACUAAGGUUGAAGAAAGCUUCAAUGUUCAGGCAAUGCAUGAUAUACUAUAUCAUCGACAUCACUUAGAUAAUUAUGAUCAUUUGGAGUUCCCUGGAGUGGUUCCUCGCACUUUCCUUGGUGCAUUGCUUGUAUCAAGUUUGGCAGCUCCUUCUGUUUUAGCAAUGGACUUGUUGCACGUAUCAAAGAUUUAUAGUAUUUUUGCAGUUCGUUUGGUAUUAGGUGGUGUCAUAUUAUCUACAUUACGCUUCUUUCGUCUUCAGGUUAGACAUAAGUUUGGAGUUCAAGUAGAAGCUUUCUUUGUUAUAUUAACUGCAGUUCAGUUCCACCUUUUGUUCUAUUGUACUCGCCCACUUCCAAAUGUACUAGCUCUGGGUGUAGUCAAUUUGGCAUAUGGAUAUUGGUUAAAGGAGAAAUGUUAUGCAGCUAUAAACUGUCUGAUUUUUGCUACAGUUAUCUUUAGAUGUGAUAUUUUGUUACUUCUUUGCCCUCUUGGCUUGGAGCUUUUGUUGACUAGAAGAAUUUCAUUAUGGAAGGCAUUGAAAUGCUGCAGUUUGUGUGCUAUAUUAUGCAUAGGUCUUACUGUAUUAGUAGAUUCAAUUAUGUGGAAAAGGUUACUGUGGCCUGAAUUUGAAGUUUUCUGGUUCAACUCUGUUCUGAAUCGAAGUUCGGAGUGGGGUACACAUCCGUUUCACUGGUACUUCACUUCAGCACUCCCUCGCUCAUUGCUUGCUGCAUACCCUCUUUUUCUGCUUGGGGUCUUACUGGACAGAAGGAUUUUGUUAUUCAUUCUUCCAGUCUUCUCCUUUGUUUUACUUUACUCUAAGCUUUCCCACAAGGAGCUUCGUUUUAUCAUUAGCUCAGUUCCCAUCUUCAACUUAUCUGCUGCAAUUGCUGCUACUAGAGUCUAUAACAAUAGGAAGAAGACUUAUUGGAAGUUUCUCUAUCCAAUUAUGCUCGGAUUAUUGUUGAUCAGUCUAGGGUGCACCGUCAUAACUUUCAUGGCAUCCAAUGAGAAUUAUCCCAGUGGUCAUGCUCUAAAACAUUUGCAUGAGACUGGCCAGUUUGCUAACAGUACAAAUGAACUUUGGGUUCACAUCGAUACUUUUUCGGCCAUGAAUGGAAUAUCCCGCUUCUGUGAAAAUAAGUUUCCAUGGAGGUAUUCUAAAGAAGAAGGGAUUCCUCCAGAAGAAUUAUGCCAGAGAAAUUUCACCUAUCUUAUAAAUGAACAUCCUGCCAUCGAUGGAUUUAAGUGUCUAUUAGCUGAAAAUGGUUUCUCACGGGUUCGUUUAAGAACUGGCUUCCCACCGAUUUUACUGGUUAAAGAGCCCAAGGUUUAUAUUCAUGGAAAUGUAAGAAACAAAGAUGUCAUGCAUAGAAAUUGGCCAGGCUGCUCGUGACUUUGAUGAGAUAUCUUGCAUUUCAGAUAUGAUCCUUUGGCAGCCAUGGCCCCUCAACAAACCUAUACUUAUUGAGAAAACCUUCCAGCCUGAUGACAAGAAUCCUGUUUCUUAUUAGAAUGAAAUACAGCUCCAAAAAUAUGCCAUAGAACAAAUUCAGUAUGUACACCUGAGUGGGAAAGGAAAUUUGUGAAUUACAAGUGCUCUUAAUUCGUCUUCUAAUAUUUGCUUGUCUGACAAACAGUGUAGCCAUAUCUCAGUAAAACAUAUUCUUAUUUCUGACCUAAUGCAAUGUGUUGAAUUUAACCUUGAUUUGA